UCUGUUAAAUUGCAACAUGUUUGUAAAACUGGUCGUUUUAGCUUGUUCUGUAGCCGUAAGUCAGGCUGUCUGGAAUGGUCCUCUAGCAGGGGGUCAGCCAGCACAUCUUUACCCAGCCGGAGUUAGUCCACAAGCUUGUCCAAAUUUUCCUAACUGCAACAACCCUGCUGUAGCUGCUAACCCACAACAACCAGCUGCUCACCAAUGGGGUGCACAACCACAAUGGAACGCCCAACCAAACCAAUGGAACGCUCAACCUAACCAAUGGAACGCUCAACCCAAUCAGUGGAAUCAGGCACAAGCUGUUCCACAACAAUGGGGAAAUGAUGCCCAAAGCAGACUUAACAAGGGAGAAUACAUUGGUGAUGGUGACUACCACGGUGAAGGUCUUGCAGAAGCUCUUGCCCCAGGUUAUGAAAAUCAGAAUAUUAUAAACAGUUGGCAAAACUCUAACAACAACCCAGCUCCUCAAAACUGGAACCAAGGACCACCUCCAAAUGCCCAAUACGCACAUGGAGUAGGUCAAAUUCCCGCUGGAGUAGAUGCACACGCAUGUCCCAACUACCCAUUCUGCUCUUAGGUUUAGACAACCAGGCUGACAGCAUGUUGAAUUUUUAGCAUAAUUAUUAAUAUAUCCUUGACUCAACAGAUGCCAUGAAACCUAGGCAAUUACUGCCCUAAGUCGAGUCACCUUCUCAAUACAUACCAUUUUUAAUAUAUUUUGUUAUUUUAAUUUAAAUGAAGCAUUUUAUAAAUGUAAAUACUUAAAUAUAGAGAAAUAUAAAUAAAUAAGAAAUAUUUAUAUAAGUUCAAAAUUCUAUUAAAAAAAACUUUUAUUAUACAGUGUGAACUACCUAAUAUGGUAAACAUGUUUUUAUUUUUUAAUAAAUAAAAAAUUGUU